ACGACAACCAGCGCUCUCCUCCUGGCUUUCAUGUGGCCAUGUGACAGCGAUUUCUGGACGUCAUCUGGGGGCAGAGCCUGUGUGCACUAAGCCACACACAGCCCAGAGGCUUGUGAAUCUGGUGCAUGGUGGAGCAACAGUCUCUCUUCUCUUCUCCGCUACUGCUGCUGCUGCUGCUUCUCACGGUCUGCAAGAGAAUGGAGUAUUAGCUGGCUGACUCUGACACCAGCACUGUAUCUGUUGAAAGCCACACGCCAACAUGGGGAAACAGAACAGCAAGCUACGUCCUGAGGUUAUGCAGGACUUGCUAGAAAGCACGGACUUUACAGAGCACGAGAUCCAGGAGUGGUACAAAGGCUUUUUGAGAGACUGCCCAAGUGGACAUUUAACCAUGGAGGAGUUUAAGAAAAUAUACGGGAAUUUUUUCCCUUACGGGGACGCUUCGAAAUUUGCAGAACAUGUAUUCCGUACGUUUGAUGCUAACGGCGAUGGGACAAUUGAUUUUAGAGAAUUUAUUAUUGCGUUGAGCGUGACGUCCAGGGGGAAGCUGGAACAGAAGCUGAAGUGGGCGUUCAGCAUGUAUGACCUGGAUGGGAACGGCUAUAUCAGCAAAUCGGAAAUGCUGGAAAUAGUACAGGCGAUCUACAAGAUGGUCUCCUCGGUAAUGAAAAUGCCGGAAGACGAAUCGACACCUGAAAAAAGAACAGAAAAAAUCUUUCGGCAAAUGGAUACCAACCGAGAUGGAAAACUGUCACUGGAGGAGUUUAUCAAAGGGGCAAAGAGCGACCCCUCUAUCGUCCGCCUACUUCAGUGUGAUCCAAGCAGUGCCGGACAGUUCUGAACAUUUUAUUUUUUUCGAUAAAACACGUAAAAAAAAAAAUCAUUACGUUUUUAUUUUUGCCAAAAUUAAAUUUAUUGUGGUGAAAACACGUCAUGGCCAAAACGUAACUACUUCCUCUUCUGUGGUAAACUUCAUUUUGGAUGACAAAGAAUGGUGAAUGCUGACAACAUGUGGUGCAGGACAUUUGUUGUACCUUUUUUUAUUUUAUUUUUUUAUGCCAUUUUCCUCUGCAGGAUAACAAGAGACGUCCGCUGUAUUUCAAGGAUUUUAUUUUAUUUUUUUACAGAGCUGACAAACAAAUUUUAAGAUGGCUGUGGUUGUGAUUUGGCUUAGUUACUUCAAUUCCUUCUUAUGUUAGCUUUUUUUUCUUUCUUUCUUUCUUAUGAAGCCGAUCAUGAUAAACUAUUUAGAUUACGAAAAAGUGACCACCCCUAAUACUGUGCAUCUUUUUUCAAUUUAAACAAAAUACUACAGACCGCAGCGGCAGCCAUUUGUGAUUCAGUCUCAGCCUGUCGGUUCACUAAGAACGAGUGACAUCACCAAAACAUGAGUAAGAUGUGCCUCAUGCCUCAGUCAUGUUACUAUUUCCUAGUAAAUUGCAUUUCCGUGAAUAUUGAUUCAGUCCACAAAAUGGCUGCCUCCAACCGUGUGUAGGUGACAGGUAAUUUUAGGAGUUAUGCAAUAAUUGCAAUAAAAAUGCUCAAGCAUUACCAAAAAUGUGCAUGCUUUGCCGCAAACAUUGCCCGAACUGGCGCAAUUUGGUGAGGCUUUUUUUUUUUUUUUUGUAUAAAAGAGUGGCAGUGUUCACAAAACGACACUUACAGUAGGUGAGUUUCAUGUGCUUCAGUCUUCUAAAAUAUGCUCCCAGUUCCAUGUAUGGUAUGCUUCAGUAGCUAAGGCAUUUGAUGUAAGCGUGUCAUUGCCCAGUAAUGGAUUAAAGGAUGACGUGUAUUGUCAUUUGAGUCCCUAACUAACAAAUGGAAUGCUACAGGUCAAUAUACUGUACGGUCAGUUUAUAGAGAGAUUUUCAUGGAAGGUUCACCCACUCUCAUUUAGACGCCAUCAGGAUGAAGCAUAACCGAGAACAAUCGAUGGAGAAACAUCCCAGAAGAGAUUUCUACACAGACUGCAGUGACAUACCCAGAUACGGAGUUGGCCGUCAUCAAUUGAUGUCUUGUUUCCUCCUGCCCACAUGAACAGCAGAGGAGAUGGUGCAGUUGAUUAUUGGGGGUGGAAGUAAAGUGGGGAGGACCGGUGAUGCGUUUAUCCUUUCGUGCCCCCUACCCCUCAGUUCCUUAUUUGGGGUUUCAGUUACACUUUAAUGAAGCCGAAAGUUUAUAGAGGCUUGAAUGUGCAUGUGUGGACACACAUACUCAGAAUAGUAAAUGCAUGUCACCCCUCUGUCCCUUCCAAACGGUUUUCCUAUAGGGUCUGGUGACUGCUAAUUACAGUGAUAGGUCACUGCAUCUACCUACUGCUCUGUUUCCCGGCUUGCGUGGAGAAAGCCCUAGGAGAAGACCAUUUGUUGAGGGAUAUCUAUCAAAUUAUCUAGCAGGAAUGGUCAUAAUGAAUACAGUGGUGCCAAGAACAAUGGUGUGAUGUGACCUAGGUCGCCCCUAAGAUUUAUUUUUAUUCCGAGACCAAUUCUUCUUGAAGGAUCUUGGAAAUGUUAUAGCUCAACAUCUUAUUAAUAAAACUAGUUUUAGAAUUAUUUUAUUAUUUUUUAAAGUGAGUAACGCAAACUAAUGUAACAAAACAUAACAUUACAGAUAUAGACUAAAGCUGGAUACACACUGCAAAUAAUCGGGCUGAUCAACCGAUUCUUGGCUGGUCAGUCCUAUUAUUGCAUAGUGUGUUCACAACGCUGAGGGACAAUUAUCGACGACUCUGAUCUGGCUUGCUGAACAACCUUUGUAGGAAAAAAUAAGGCGAUAAUGUGUACAUGAUCGGUAUAACAGUUCAGAACAUGGGACCCACUACCGCCGCUUCCGGUGUCCUCUGCUUCAUAACAUCCGUGCCGUCAACUGUUAGCUGUACCACCAGAGCUAUGUCUACAGUCUAGGUCCUCUGCAUGUCUCCUCUCUGACUGGGACUGUGCAGGAGGCGGGGACUGUCUUGGAGGCUUCAUUCGGCUCAGCAGCCGUGUGCAUGGAGCCAGAAUCCGUACCGAUGGUAGUGGGUACUAUGUUCUGAACUUGAACUGCAUAUAAUCGUUCAGAUAGGAAUGAUAAUUCAGUAGUGCUUACACUGGAAAUUGAAUGCUAUCAAGAUCAUUAAAUCUCAGAAAAUUUAGGAUCCUUUUUAAAUCUUUCAGGUGUGUACCUAGCUUAAGGCCCGCUGGAGCCUGACAAAGUAUCGUUGCUGCAGAAACCGGGAUGACGCAAGCAUUUUCCUAUUAUAUCUGAGAAACUGAUCUGAGAAGCCAAUUCAUGCUUUAUUGACAAUACAAUGCCAAGCUGUUGAGAUUGUUUUGUGACCUGAGGUGGUUUUUACAUUUUAGUUUGCCAAUUACAUAUUCCAGGGCCUCAAUAAGCCCCCAUGGGGCCCUAGACAAGUUACUGAUUUGGGCUCCAUUGCAUCCUCAGUAAAAAUGGAUUCCAGUAAGCUUUCCCGCCCGGGCCACAGGCAGGAACCUAUGUUGCCUAAUAGAUAAUCCCGCCCUGUCUUGUUGUCCAUUAGCAAAAGUGGAAGCAAAUUAUCUAAAAGCAAUGCAGGGUUUUCAUCUUGACCUUGUGGAUCUCAUUCAGAAGAGCUAGUGGGGCUUUCAUAUUUUGAUACAGGGCAUCCGGAAAGUAUUCACAUCGCUUCACUUUUUCCACAUUUUGUUAUGUUACAGCCUUAUUCCAAAAUGGAAUAAAUUAUUUUUUUCCCCUCAAAAUUCUACACACACUACCCCAUAACGACAACGUGUGAAAAGUUUUUUUUGUUUUUUGUAAAAAAAAAUGUAAAAUAAAAAACUAAGAAAUCACAUGUACAUAACUAAUUCACAGCCUUUGCCAUGAAGCUCAAAAUUGUGCUUCGGUGUAUCCAUUUUCACUGAUGAUCAUUGAGAUGUUCCUACAGUUUAAUUGGAGUCCACCUGUGGUAAAUUCAGUUGAUUGGACAUGAUUUGGAAAGGCACACACCUGUCUAUAUAAGGUCCCACACUUGACAGUGCAUGUCUGAGCGCAAACAAAGCAUGAAGUCAAUGGAAUUGUCUGUAGAUCUCCGAGGCAGUAUUGUCUCGAGUCACAAAUCUGGGGAAGGGUACAGAAAAAUAUCAGCUGCUUUGAAGGUCCCAAUGAGCACAGUGGCCUCCAUCAUCUGUAAAUGGAAGAAGUUUGGAACCACCAGGACUCUUCCUAGAGCUGUCCGGCCAUCUAAAGUGAGCGAUCGGGGGAGAAGGGCCCUAGUCAGGGAGGUGACCAAGAACCCGAUGGUAACUCUGUCAGAGCUACAGAAUUCCUCUGUGGAGAGAGGAGAUCCUUCUAGAAGGACAACCAUCUCUGCAGCAAUCCACCAAUCAGGCCUGUAUGGUAAAGUGGCCAGACGGUAGCCACUCCUUAGUAAAAAGCACGUGAAGGACUCUCAGACCAUGAGAAACAAAAUUCUCUGGUCUGAUGAGACAAAGAUUGAACUCUUUGGCAUGAAUGCUAGGCGUCAUGUUUAGAGGAAACCAGGUACCGCUCAUCACCAGGCCAAUACCAUCCCUACAGUGAAGCAUGGUGGUGGCAGCAUCAUGCUGUGGAGAUGUUUUUCAGCGGCAGGAACUGGGAGACUAAUCAGGAUAGACAGAAAGAUGAAUGCAGCAAUGUACAGACACAUCUUGGAUGAAAACCUGAACCAGAGCGCUCUUGACCUCAGACUGGGGCGAUGGUUUAUCUUUCAGCAGGACAACGACCCUAAGCACACAGCCAAGAUAUCAAAGGAGUAGCUUCAGGACAACUCUGUGAAUGUCCUUGAGUGGCCCAGCCAGAGCAGGGACUUGAAUCCAGUUGAACAUCUCUGGAGAGAUCUGAAAAUGGCUGUGCACCGACACUUCCCAUCCAACCUGAUGGAGCUUGAGAGGUGCUGCAAAGAGGAAUGGGCAAAACUGCCCAAAGAUAGGUGUGCCAAGCUUGUGGCAUCAUAUUCAAAAAGACCUCAGGCUGUAAUUGCUGCCAAAGAUGCAUCAACAAAGUAUUGAGCAAAGGCUGUGAAUACUUGCGUACAUGUGAUUUUUAUUUUUUUUAUAAAUUUGCAAAAAUCUCAAAAAAAUGUUUUUCACGUUGUUAUUAUAGGGUAUUGCAUGUAAAAUUUUGAGGGGAAAAAAUGAAUUUAUUCCAUUUAGGAAUAAGGCUGUAACAUAGCAAAAUGUGGAAAAAGUGAAGUACUGUGUAUACUUUCCGGAUGCACUGUAUGUGUACAUCCUGGUCCCUGCUCUCUAUAGCCCUGGGUGCAGUCCAUUCCAGCUAAUCAGAUAUCCGCUUGUAGCUGUUACGGGUAGUCAGACUAGAUAAAGCUGGCAUCUGAUAGGUUCCUGUGGAAUGCAGCACAUGAUUGUUCUUUGCUAGCAGCUGACAUAUUAUUGGUAACUAUGGAUUACAGUACAGCGUUGUUCUUUACUUAUAUUGGGCAUAGGUAGACUAGUUACCUGCCCAUCAAAAUUAUGUACAACAGUAAUGUCAGCACCUGCCGCUGUGCUUUGUCGGGCGCCAUCUACUGGCCGCCGGCGUGCAAAACACUUGAAUUCCCCCAUAGAGGGGGGAGCAACGUUAGCUCUUUGCAUUAUCCUAUAUAAUUAAAGGCCUAUGCUGUGCUGUAACCAAGUGGCUCCCAAACUGUCAUCAUGGCACCCUCGGGAGAGAUGUACUAAGCCGUGGAGAGAGAUAAAUUACCAGUCAAUCAUCUCCUAACUGUCAUGUUACAGACCAUGGGGUCUAUUCAUGAAGCAGUGAAAAGUGUGGAGAAGUGAGCCAGUGGAGAAGUUUCCCAUGGCAACCAAUCGGCACUAAAGUAACAUCUAUAAUUUGCAUACUAUACAAUUUUACGAAGCAGCUGAUUGGUUGCCAUGGGCAACUUCUCCACAGGCUCACUUCUCCACUCUUUUCACUGCUUUAUGAAUAGACCUCUGUAUUUGAAAAUGACAGUUAGGAGCUGAUUGGCUGGUGCUUUAUCUACAUUUUAUCACUCCAAGGCUUAGUACAUCUGCCCCAGGGGAACAGUCUGUGUUUAAAAGAUAUAUAUGGGUGCACUCAGAUGCCUUAAUCAAAAUGAAUGAGGUACUGUAUUAAUUAAGUCAACUGUGCACAAGUAUGGAUAUCCUUAAAACCUGGACUUGUUAGGGUGCCUGAUCCACCACUGUAACGCAUAAAGCUAACGGCUGAUAAAUAUAUGAAUAUACUGAAAAAAAAAAAAAAUAUAUAUUUUCUGCUUGCAACAUUGUAGUAAAUACGUAAACUUAUGUUUUUGGUUUUUCCCACUCCAUAAAUCCUUCUGCUCACAAUUAAUUGGACCGUUACCUUGUAUCAUUGUGCUUCUACUGUGUAGUACAGGCCUGUAUUUCUUCUUUCUAGUUAAUCUUUCCAUGUAAUGUACCCCACCAUAUACAGAUGUAACUGUGUAUUUGGAGAUUGUGUAAGUGUCUUGUGAAUGUGGGUCAAAUAAUUGCUUAAUCUGAUUAUGGGGAUUAACAAGUGUAGUUUAUGUGAGCAUGACUUAUUGCAAGUUCAUUUUAUUUUCUGUUCGUUGUUGAAUAUACCAAGCUUUAAAAAAUAAGAUGGUUAAACGGACAUGAACGCAGCCUAAUUCUUCCAGAAAGAAACGUGAAUUUAUUGUUCCCUUUACUGACCCAAAUGCAUCCCCCACUACUGGUUCUUUUCAUUUUGCUUAUCAUUGCAAAUACUCUGUCAUGUCAAAACAAUUCUACUGCAUUUUUAAUGCAUGACAUAUCAUUUUUCCAAACUGUGAAUAAUUCUGGUAUGCAAAAAUAAUGUGGUUUGACGUUUACAUAAAUGACGUUACUUAGAGUUUUUUGUUUUUCUUAAGUAAAGAAAUAAAUAUUGAUUUUAAAAAAA